GCGCGGCGGCGGCGGCGGCGGCGGCGGCACCGGGAGCGGCGGCGGCGGCGGCGGCGGGGGGGGGGCUGGGGCGCGUCGGCCCCGCAGCUGCGGCUCGUUGCGCUCCGCUCGGCCCCGGCCCCUUAACAGCGGCGCGGUCCCGGGCCGCCGCAUGUGAACCGGGAGGGCAGCACCGCCCCGCACCGCCCCGGCACCGGCACCCGCACCCGCACCCCCGGCCCCGCGGAGCUCCCGAGCAGCCGCACCCCCCCCCCCCCACCCCACUACCCCCGCACCCCACCAUGAGCAACCUCAACAAGGACACCGAGCACACCAACGGCAGCGGCAACGUCGAGGAGGAGGUACGGACGUUGUUUGUCAGUGGCCUUCCUGUGGAUAUCAAGCCCAGAGAGCUCUACCUACUCUUCCGGCCAUUCAAGGGUUAUGAAGGGUCACUGAUCAAGCUAACUUCAAAGCAGCCAGUUGGUUUUGUGACCUUUGACAGCCGGGCUGGUGCUGAAGCAGCAAAGAACGCCUUGAAUGGCAUCCGCUUUGACCCAGAGAACCCCCAGACCUUGCGGCUAGAGUUUGCUAAAGCCAACACAAAGAUGGCCAAGAGCAAGCUGAUGGCCACACCAAACCCCACCAAUAUCCACCCUGCCUUGGGCGCACACUUCAUUGCACGGGACCCCUAUGACCUGACUGGAGCAGCUCUUAUUCCAGCAUCCCCAGAAGCGUGGGCUCCCUACCCACUGUACACCACGGAGCUAACCCCUGCCAUCCCCCAUGCCGCCUUCACGUACCCAGCGGCUGCCGCUGCGGCCGCUGCUCUUCACGCUCAGAUGCGCUGGUACCCCCCCUCUGAAGCUACUCAGCAAGGAUGGAAGUCUCGUCAGUUUUGUUAGUUCGUUAUGUCUCUCCUCGGCUCGUGUUCCUCCUCCCGGCCUCUCCGUGGAGGGAUGUGCCAGGGACGAUCGCUCAGACUCCUCUCGGUUUGGUUUGCGGCCAGCAGACAAGGCGCCCGGCCCCUGUGUGCUCUCCCCCACCCCGGGGGUUGCCAGCAUCCCCCCUCCCCAGACUGUGAAGCCGCCGCGGUCCCCUGCCGCGGGCCGUGCGCCGUCUCCAUCCAUCCAUCCAUCCAUCCAUCCAUCCAUCCAUCCAUCCAUCCAUCCAUCCAUCCAUCCAUCCAUC